GAUGAUAUCACAACAAUGUUUCCGGAUGAAGCAGACGCAUAUCAAAACAUGUAAUUACCACUAACGGCAUUCAGAUUAAGAUCAUGUCCAAACCAGAAUGGGACUGUUUAUUUUCACGUUGUGGUAAUGCAGACAUAGCGAAAGAACUUAUUAAAUCAGGCUGUGACAUCAAUGAACGGGAUGUCUCCGGAAGGACGGCUUUGCAAAUUGCUACAACUCGCGGCCAGACAGAAAGUGUUCAAGUUUUGCUAGAAAAUGGAGCUGAUGUUAACGCCAGUGACAGAGCUGGAAAUACUCCCUUACAUCACUGUGGCCACGCAGAGACGCUUAAGUUAUUAGUGAGAUAUGGAGGCGAUCUUAAGAAGGGAAAUCACAAUGGCCUUUCACCUCUGGAGAUGGCAAAAAGGAGGGGUGUGUCAACGGAUGUUCUUCAAUUAUUUAUAGAGCUUCAAAAUGAUACCAAGCCUACAAAAAGGACUUUAUCAAAAACUGACUUGAAGCAAAAAUUCAGUACCACAAACAAAGGGAGCAUAUUUUCAGAAUUUUUCAUUGAUGUUAAUUUUGGGGCCAUACUGUGUAUAGUUAUAAUAGUAGUUGUGCUAUCACUAGGAGUUUCCUGGGUUUUAACAGGAAUGUCAUUGGAGAGUAAAAUGAAAAUACCUAUUGACAGCUAUGAACAAGUACAACAUAUAGAACUAUGAAUGUGACAGGAUAUUGGCUUUUCUUGCCAAGUCAAAGGCAAUGGGAUAUCCAUAUUCAAAGAUAAUGAUUAAAGAUAUUGAUCCUUUUUUUAUCAUACUUAUUGGGGAAAUGGGGGUCACCAUUAUUCUAGACUAAGUGCACAGGAAUGUAACUUAAUGCAUGCAAUAUACUGUGUAUUUCAAAUUUGUUCAAUUUUGUUUUAAUAUUCUGAAAAAUAGUACUAGUAGGUGCCUACAAGUGUAUAAUUGCAGCCUCUUAAUCAUCACUGAGGCGGUUCAGUUUUCAUUUAACAUAAAUAUUCCACUUAUAAAUGUUUUAAAUAUGAAGCUUUGACUCAUGGCAUGCAUGUUGAACUUGGUGCUAAAGUUCUACUGGAAUGUGCAAAUGUUUCCAGGCAGACAGGACGAAAAAAAAAAAAUACUUUUUACCAUUUUGUCCACAUCAGGAUUUUUUUCAUACCAUGAAAAUGUUUUAGAUAUCUUUGUUGUCCCUUGUUUUGUUUAUGGACAUUUUUUAAGAACACAUUUAACAUAUUAAAAAAAGAGACAUUUUGUUACAACUGGUACUAGUAAGUUCUCGCAGUUUAUUUUCACUCUACGCCAAAAAUUGAGAGAUUGCUUGAAUUCAUAAAAAUGUGAACUCUUUUAUAAUGGAGUCUUAAAGAAUUUUACCUGUAAGUUUUACUCACUUGUUAGAAAUAUAUAUUUUAAUGAAUCCAUAUAUAUGAUACUUUUUGGUCUAACAAUUUCUUUUUCUUGUAAGAUAAUUUUGAAAAA